AUGAUGCGCUCCGUGAUCCCUCUGGUCGUCUCGCUCGCUUCGCUUGUCGCUGCCAUUGAAAUAACCAGCCCCGCUGCGAACACGACCUACACAGCCGGGUCCACCGUCAACGUCGAGUGGACUAGCGUGGAUACCGAUCCUACCAACUUCAGCCUUUAUCUCUGGAACUUUGUCUCCUGGCCUCCAUCUUAUGUUCCGCUGGCCAUCGACGUCCCCACGUCGGAUCUGUCUUACUCUGUCCAAAUCCCCUGCGAUACCACCCCCGACUGGGGUUACCAAAUCAGCGGUAUCAACGGCACCAACGUCUACAUCAUCUACGCGCAGGGUGAUAAGUUCACCGUCUCCAAUGCGGACAACAGCACCGCCUGUGUGGACACUCCUUUGCCGACUACCUUCACCUGCCCCAACGCUGCGGCGUCUACCGUUUAUGUCACGGUGAGCUCCACCCCCAGCUCCCGUCCUUUCCAUCAUCCAUCCCACGCCCAUCAUCCAUCCCACGUCCAUCCUUCUCCAUCACCCAGCACUGCCAGCAUCUUGAACUCUGAAUAUACAAAGCCUGGAAUUGUGCCUAAGACUAUAGGAUGGUGCUCAGACUAUUCCCACCCUGUAACCUUGGACAAGGUUCCCACCUCGACUCUGACUCUCUCGGCGCCCAACGAUACAAAUGGAUCUGAUGCGUCGCCGGUCGUCACUGCGGCACUGGGCCAGGUCACUGAUUCUCCUGGCAUCCACACAUUGACUAUCACUAACACUGCGACCGUGCUGGCUUGCCCGAACGUGCACACAAUUUGA